GUUAAAUACCGCAAAUAUCCAGACUGAUAACUAAAUGAAGAAAUACUGCUGCCAUAAAAAAAAAACACGUUAUUAGUUCCUGUGGGGCGCAUGAAGUGGAUUUCUUCGGUCUUGUUUGUCGCUUCCGUCGGGUCGGGCUGUGAGUAUGCGGAACUCCCUGCAGAUGAUGAUGAAGAGGAUGUUGUGAAGGCAGGUUGUAACUGACCGAGCCACCCGUUCAUCGAGCAGAGAGGCGGACAUACAUCUCGCAACGUUUCCUAUGCAGCGAAGCUGUCAGACGGGGAAGCGAGCCGUUCUAGACGUCGUGCUCGUCUAACGUUUCCAAUGAUAAACCGUAAUAUUAAAGAAAGAAGGCUGAAUUCAGACAAACACCGCUUACCUUGCUCCCUCAGUGACCGAAGAAGGCACCCACCACCCAGGCCGUCAUCAGCAGCUGGCUUCGCUGCGAACGUUAGCGGCUAAUCGGCUAAUGUAUGCAGGUUUUAUUCAUUCAUUCAAGCCAUCACAAUGAUAAUCAAGGAGCUCUGUUUCAACUUCACACCUGAACUUUCCCAGUUGUGAUGAAAGGACAGCACUGACUCAAGAGGGAACAUAAAUCCUGGAUGCCGUGACAUACAGGACGUGGCCAAUCCAAGAUGGAGAAAAAGAAACCGUGCCCUCGCCUUCUCGACUACCUGGUGGUGGUCGGAGCAAGGCAACCAAGUAGUGACAGUGUGGCCCAGACACCUCAGCUUCUCCGCCGCUACCCACUGGAGGACCACCAUGACUUCCCUCUCCCACCAGAUGUGGUGUUUUUCUGCCAACCAGAAGGCUGCCUGAGUAUACGCCAGCGCAGGGUUAGCCUUCGUGACGACUCCUCAUUUGUUUUCACGCUGACCGACAAGGACUCAGGAAUCACCCGCUAUGGAAUCUGCGUCAACUUCUACCGCUCCUUUCAGCGAGGACAUCACCGUCCUCGAGGGGACAAGAGCAGCCACACAGAGACAGCAGCACAGGCGGAGAACACUAGUGAAGGGUCUGAUGGCAGCGGUGGAGGCCCACCCUCAGUGUUAUCUCCACCUAAAAAAGUCGAGUCAGCACCUCCACUGGCCUCUGGGGAAGAGAGCGGCAAACCAGGUGCCGACCAAAAUGCCGGAAAGUCCCCACAGCACAGACGAAGCGCUGCUAAGAUGGCAGCCAGGAACCGCAACAGCACGCUGACCUCCCUGUGCAUACUCAGCCACUAUCCCUUCUUCUCCACCUUUAGGGAAUGCUUAUAUAUUCUCAAGAGGCUGGUGGAUUGCUGCAGCCAGAGGCUAACUCAACGAGCUGGGCUCCCUCGUGCUACUCAGAGGGACACCAUGUGGCGCGUGUUCACGGGGGCACUGUCAGUGGACGAGAAAGGCAGCCAGCUGCUGGCAGACCUGCGGGAGAUUGAGUCCUGGGUGUACCGGCUGCUGCGUUCACCAGUACCACUGGCGGGACAGAGACGUGUGGAUGUGGAAGUCCUGCCCCAUGAACUCAAACGCUCACUCACCUUUGCCCUGCCUGACAACUCUCGCUUCUCCAUGGUCGACUUCCCCCUGCACCUGCCCUUAGAGCUACUCGGUGUAGAUGCAUGUCUUCAGGUCCUUAGCUGUAUCCUGCUAGAACACAAGGUCAUUCUUCAAUCCAGAGAUUACAAUGCUUUGUCUAUGAGCGUCAUGGCCUUUGUGGCCAUGAUCUACCCUCUGGAGUACAUGUUCCCUGUCAUCCCCUUAUUGCCAACGUGUAUGGCCUCUGCUGAACAGCUCCUUCUUGCUCCCACUCCCUACAUCAUAGGUGUACCAGCAAGCUUCUUCCUCUACAAAUCUGAUUUCAAAAUGCCGGAUGAUUUGUGGCUUGUAGACCUCGAUAGCAGCAAGGUUAUAGCACCCACCAAUGCAGAGAUACUACCACCUCUUCCAGAGCCUGAAGCAGGCGAGCUUAAGAAACACCUGAAACAGUGUCUGGUUAGGUUGACCGUGAUCACCCAAAAGCAGAUCUUCUCCUCUGAAAAUAAGGCCUUGGCCAGUAUGAGUUUGAACACCCAACCCAUUCUGAACCUGGAAAAGUUUCAGGAAGGUCAGGAGAUGCCCCUGCUGCCACCCGGACGAGAUAAAGCUUCGCCAUCCUCCACGGAGUUCAACCCUCUGAUUUAUGGCAAUGACGUUGAUUCUGUGGAUGUAGCCACCAGGGUCGCCAUGGUACGAUUCUUCAACUCCCCAAAUGUUCUCCAGGGGUUCCAGAUGCAUACCCGCACCUUGCGCCUCUUCCCCCGGCCUGUGGUGGCUUUUCAGUCAUCCUCUUUUCUUGCAUCUCGGCCACGACGUUCCAGCUUUGCAGAUAAACUUUCUCACACCCAGGCAGUGGAGUUUUAUGGAGAAUGGGCUCUCAAUCCUACCAACCUCGCCUUUCAGAGGAUACAUAACAAUGUGUUUGACCCCUCCCUAAUUGGAGACAAGCCCAAGUGGUAUGCUCACCAGCUGCAGCCAGUGAACUACAGAGUGUAUGAUGGGAGCUCCCAGCUGGUUGAAGCUAUGGCUGGUCCCUUAGAGGAUGAAGCCAACGAGUCUGACGCCACAGACAGUGGUAGUGACAGUGAGGCAUACGAUGACUCCAGCUCAUCCUAUUCCUCACUUGGAGACCUUGUGAGUGAGAUGAUUCAGGGUGACAUCCAGGGAGACACACCAAGCUUGGAUCCUCCUACCCACGCUGCACUGGGAGACGCUAGUGAGGUUGAGUUUCAACACUACGAGGACUUCAGGGAAGGUCAAGGCUCGGAGGGUCCAUCCAGUGGGGAUGGACCUGCAGAAGCUUCUGAUGGACAACCUCUACGCUCAAGCUCCAGCACGACUGCAAGCUCAAGUCCCAGCACAAUCAUCCAGGGAGUCAACAAUGAGCAGGGGGACGCACCUGAAAUUGAAGUAUCAGCAAGUGCUGCCUUACAAAACCCUGUCCCUGCUUUGGCCAGUCAGCCGUUCCUCAGGCCUACAGCUGACGCAGGCCUGGUUGACCCAGCAAACAAAAAGCAAGAGUAUGAUAACCCAUACUUUGAGCCUCAGUAUGGCUUCCCCUCAGAGGAUGACCCUGAUGCAGAAGAGCAAGUGGAGUCAUACACCCCUCGAUUCAACCAGAACCUCAAUGGCAACAAGGCAGCACGUCCAUUACGUCCCAGUAGCCUGAGGCUCCCAGGAGAGUCUGAUGGGGAGGGAGACUCUCACAACAGCUCACCAAACUCCACCAUUUCCAACAGCAGCAAUGAUGGAUUCGGAGGACUCAUGUCCUUUGCCAGCAACCUGUACAAGAAUCACGGCACCAGUUUCAGUCUGUCCAAUCUUGCCCUUCCCAACAAGGCAGCGAGGGACAAAGCAACUCCUUUCCCCAGCCUAAAAGGCGCACGUGCACCUCGAGCACUUGUGGACCAGAAGUCUUCAGUGAUCAAGCACAGUCCUACAGUGAAGAGAGAAUCGCCCUCCCCUCAGGGUCGAAUCAACAACACAAGUGAGAACCAGCAGUUCUUGAAAGAGGUGGUGCAGAGUGUCCUGGAUGGUCAGGGAGUCGGCUGGCUCAACAUGAAAAAAGUGCGCCGCCUGUUGGAGAACGAGCAGCUUCGCGUCUUUGUGCUUAGUAAGCUGAACAGAGCCAUACAGUCUGAGGAGGACGCCAGACAGGAGAUCAUACGUGAUGUGGAGGUGAGCAGAAAGGUGUACAAAGGCAUGUUGGACAUCUUAAAGUGCACAGUUUCCAGUCUGGAGCACUCGUACACAAAUGCAGGCCUCGGCGGAAUGGCCAGUGUCUUCAGCUUAUUGGAAAUUGCGCGCACACAUUAUCAAACCAAAGACCCAGAAAAACGCAAACGAAGUCCCACAGACAGUGCUGGCAGCCCAGGAAGUAAAGAGAGUCCUUCUGGUCGUAUGGAAACUGCCAGACCUCAGGGCCUUCUGAACGUUCCCCACCUGCAGCUGCCGCACCACACAACGGGCAAAGGAGCCCGCCAUUUUGAUACCCGGAGUCUGAAUGAGGAGAACUUUAUUGCCUCGAUUGAAUUGUGGAGCAAGCACCAGGAUAAGCAAAAAGCUAUGGAAAAACCACAGAGGUCUGAAGGAGCAAAGCAGCAGCGCCCCCAGGUGACUGAUGCAGAGGAGAAGAAGUCACAGAUCAGUGCUGACAGUGGCCUUAGUGUCACAUCUGGAUCUCAGAAGAGCGACACAGAGUCUGUAACAAGCUCAGAGCCACCGAUCCUGACAAGAAGCACCAGCCAGGACUCAGAGGCUAGCACAGUGAUAAGCAAUAGUUCUGGAGAGACUCUUGGAGCUGACAGUGACCUGAGCAGCACAGCAGGAGACGGCCUUGGUGGAAGAGUUGCUCCUCAUUUAAAUCAGUCCAGAGGGACGCUCUCUGACAGUGAGAUUGAAACCAAUCCAGCCACCAGCACAGUAUUUGGAAAGACCCACACUCUGAAACCAGGUGUGAAAGAUCAUGUACAUGCUAUGGCGAAGGGGCCGCCGGCACAGCCAAUGGAGGACAUCAGUAUGAGGAUUUACCUGUGUGAAGGCCUGCUGGGCCGCGAUAAGAGCUCCGUUUGGGAUCAACUAGAGGAUGCUGCCAUGGAAACCUUUUCUCUAAGUAAGGAGCGCUCCACACUGUGGGACCAGCUACAGUUCUGGGAGGAUGCCUACUUAGACGCUGUAAUGUUGGAGCGUGAGGGGAUGGGGAUGGACCAGGGACCCCAGGAGAUGAUUGAAAGAUACUUGUCAUUAGGAGACCAUGACCGGAAGCGUCUAGAGGAUGAUGAAGACCGACUUCUGGCCACUCUGCUGCACAACAUGAUUGCAUACAUGCUAAUGAUGAAAUUGAACAAAAAUGACAUCAGGAAGAAAGUGAGGCGUCUGAUGGGGAAGUCCCACAUCGGCCUCACAUACAGCCAAGAGAUCAAUGAGAUAUUGGACAAACUGGCCAACAUGAAUGGCCGUGAGCUUCCCAUCAGGCCCAGUGGAAGCCGUCACAUAAAGAAGCAAACAUUUGUUGUACAUGCUGGCACUGACACCACAGGAGACAUCUUUUUCAUGGAGGUGUGUGAUGACUGCAUAGUCCUGCGCAGCAACAUUGGCACAGUUUACGAACGUUGGUGGUAUGAGAAGCUCAUCAACAUGACUUACUGCCCCAAGACCAAGGUGCUGUGUCUCUGGAGACGCAACGGCCAAGAGACACAGCUCAACAAGUUCUAUACCAAAAAGUGUCGUGAACUCUACUACUGUGUUAAAGACAGUAUGGAAAGAGCUGCAGCGAGACAGCAAAGCAUUAAACCAGGUCCAGAGCUGGGCGGAGAGUUCCCCGUCCAGGACAUGAAAACUGGUGAAGGUGGACUGCUGCAGGUCACGCUGGAAGGAAUCAACCUUAAAUUCAUGCACAGCCAGGAGCGGAAGGUUUUCAUAGAGCUGAGUCACAUUAAAAAGUGCAAUACAGUGAAGGGAGUCUUUGUCCUGGAGGAAUUUGUUCCUGAAACUAAAGAAGUGGUGAUCCACAAGUACAAGACCCCCAUGGCACAUCAGAUCUGUUACUCCGUCCUCUGCCUUUUCUCCUACGUGGCGGCAGUGAAGGGGAAGGAGGCGGACGGAAAACCCAAGAUCCUGUCGCCGAGACCCCUUCCUAGCUAGUCCACACCCCUCGCCCUCCACCCCUCUGUCCUCGGUGUGCCUCUCUACUUGAAAUGGCAUCUCAGCUCCAAAACCAGAGACUUCUGACAAUCCCUAACUUUACUCUAAGCACACAACCCCUGCUCCCCUCUUCCUGUAUAUACAAGCCCCCCCCCCCCCCUUUUUUUUCAACCCUGUUGUGUAGCCGUGUUUGCUCUGUGAUGUCGUGUAAAUACUCCUCAUUGCUGUCGUCCUGGUGAUCAUACCAACUAGCUUAAUGUUUGCCUGCUCCUUAACUCAGGAGACGCAGCUCUCCUCGGGCUCCUCUCCUCAGCGUGAAAGUCUUCUAUCGUUCCCGCCGCCAACACCCAACUGUUUUUACCGAAAGGAGGGAGAUGUGAGGGAUGGCCUCGAGGCGAAGAGUGCAUGCAGGUCCCGUGCACAGCCUUGAUCAGUCACUACAGAGUAGCGUCCCGCCCUCCUACCCCGUCUCCAUACGACUGUGUGAGUUAUUCUGUGAUCCGUGGUUACUGUAAAGUUCCAGUCUGUCCAAGUUGAAAUCUGGUGAAGCAUCCAGAGACCCUCUCGUAGUGCAGGACAUCCCAUACUGAAAAUGCUACUGUAUACUGCACCAGAGCACCGCAUGUAAACGCUUCUUCAAAGUGUUUGAACCCUAAAAUAAUGUGAGUGUUCUCAGAUGUGUUCUCUUGCCCGCCAGGCUGAAUUACUGUUCUAGUUCUACUGUAAAACUUCUCGUCUGUGGUCUGCUGUUAUCAAUUGCAUGUUACUAUGAGGAUUUAAAAAAAUAAAUAUUAUAUAUAUAUUUCUAUAUAUAUAGUAUUUAUUUAAUAUAUACAUAUAUUGACUGUACAUUUCUCUGGAAAAAAAAAAUCUUACAAAUUGUUGAUUUGCUUGAUGUGCAAUACUUAAUAAGUAGUUAGCCAUUGCCAGAGCCAGGUUUUCUUAAGUUCACUGGCGUUCACAGGGUGACGAAUGUAAGAAAGAACUUUUUUUUUCUAUAGUACAUUUUGAUUGCCGUGAAUAUGAUCACUUGAGUUUGUUUUAAAGUUUUGUCUUCUGAACUAUGAGCGACAAAGGAGAAACCCCAGCUGCUGUGAUGCUCUUUAGGUGUGACCUUCGGAACAUUUUGCACUCAGACCACACCCCCUAUCAGUGAUGUCACAGCAGGUGUUUGUAAACAAGGCAGGAAGUGCUGUGGUCAAGUGACUGAAUUCACUCAAUACAAGUCGUGUGACACACCAUUGUCAGACACGUGCCUGCAGGGGGCGCUGCUGCAUGGUUGAUGUUUUUCAUGCCACUCAGUCUUUCAAACAAGUUAGGAAAUGUUCUACUUAAAAAUACCUGCAGAAAAAGAGAAAAAAAAGAUGUUGCAUAUUGGCUGUUUAACUUUUGUAGCUGGCAGUUGCUGAACUAAGAUUUUAAUUAUAUUUUACCUCAGUCAGUCAGUAUCUCUAAACAUAUAUAAUCUAGUUUUCCAUGUUAACGAACGAACUUAAAUACUUAAACACUGCAAAACAAGCUAAGUGCGGCUGUUAACAUGACGUGUCUUCAAGGAUCGUAGUGGAAAUAAUGUUGGCGUGGAAUUGUGUUUUUCUUUCUUCCAACCCUGCAGACGUUUCUUGAAUGCUGCAUUAGCGGUAAGUUUGGAAACAAGUUAAGUUUAAAACAGGUUAUCUUUUUUUUUUUUUUCUUUUUCCUUUCCAGGUUCAGGGUCACAUUUUCUGAUGGCCUUAGUCAGAAAUAGUGACUUCUCUUCCACUGUGCCUCUGUUGACCUGCACCUGGAAAUUAAAAAAACAGAAAAACACAGACAUAACAAAUCUACCAAGGUAGAAAUAAGUAAAAGAAAAUGUAAGUCUCUCCCAGUAGCCGGUUUGUUAGGAAAUGCAAUUCGUUAAAAAUUAAUCGGCAUAAAGCUUUCAUGAUCUCAUAACAUCCAUGCAACAGUGCGUCCUGCAGUCACAAGGCUGCAUCCAGCUGUUAUUUUCAUUACAGAUUGUUUGGCCACAAAGUAGUUAAACAUACCUGCAUACCUUGUAUGACCAUCAGUACAAAAUGCAAAGGUAUUCAAUUAAAUAUCAGUUGAGAAGCUGAAGACAUGGGGCACAUUCUUGCUCGUACCAGGACUUCAAGGACUUCACUUACUCAUGAAACAUGGGGAACUUCUGGUGCCGUUCGGUCAGGUUCUGGUGUGCACUCUGUGAGCAGUCAAAGAGAAACACCUGCUUUGCCAUCACAGACUGGUGUUGUGACAGACGUACAAACUCUUCCACGCUCACAGCAGCGGUUUUGUGUCCCGUGAUGAAUCGUGUCAAGACGUGUUGAAGCCUACAGCUGUGGUCAUCUGCUCCCCGAGGAGAUCGUCAAGUCUUAAUGUUGUUCCCUGUCCUGUGAUGGUAAAGAGCGGUUGAGUCUGGUCCUAUCGCUGGCCCAUUAACUUUCACAUUGACGAGUGUGUGAGUGUGUGAGUAUGUGUGUGCACGUGCGUUCAUGUGGUGGACAGUUUUCUCCAGAUCAGCAAUAUUUAUUGGUACAGCUCAAUCACUGGAAGAUUUUUUUUUUUUUUUUUGAUUCAGACUUGCUUGUAUUUUGAGUAAUUUAACUGUGCAGAGGAAAAUAAUCAGUAGGAUGUUAAGAAGCCGAUGUUCUGUUAACAAAUAACACCACAUGUGACGGUGUGAAUACGACUGAAGUCGAUCUGAAGCAGCGCUGAAGCUGGUUUGGUUGGUGGGAGUGGGACACAGCUCUUUCUGCUUAAGUUAAAAAGGAUUUUUCUUUUUUAAAACUGGAUUAUUACAACUCAUCUCUGUCAUUGUAUGAGCCAGCUGCUGUAACCAGAGGGAAUAAAUGAAAUGAGAUGUCAGGUGUAAGUAUUCCAGAUAUUGACAAAGUAUUUAUAGAAUAUGUACAGCUUUGGCAAUAUAAUAAAGUUGUCGCAAAUAAUGUU